AUGGUGCUGAGCACGGAGUGGGCGCAGGUGGAAGUGGUCGAGCUUACGAACGAUGGCAACGGCUUAGGUUUCAACUUAGUCGGCGGAAGGAGCACGGGCGUGGUGAUAAAGUAUGUGCUUCCUGGAGGUAUAGCUGAUAAAGACGGGCGGCUACAGAGUGGAGAUCACGUGCUCCAGGUCGGAUCAGUGAACCUACGUGGAUUUACGUCUGAACAGGUGGCCGCCGUUCUGCGGCAAGCAGGACCGACUGUUCGCUUGCUUGUAGCUAGGCCUGCCGACCCCGCAGCUGCGCUCCGAGCCCCCCUCCCGGGUACGGCUUUAGUACCUACAAAGUUGCUCGCUGACCCUGAACUUCUCGAUCGUCAUCUUAUCGAAACUGGUUAUGGUGCGGUAUAUGACUUGUCUCAGUGCGACAACCCGCAGCAGAUUCCUGCACAUCCUAUUAUAGGUGAAUCGGUUUCCCCGACAAUAACAAUUUCCGUACCUGUUGAAAUACCCGAUUUACCUGAAGUAGACAUCGUACAUGUAGACCUGAAUAAAAACGUGUAUGGUUUAGGUAUAACAGUGGCUGGUUAUGUUUGUGAGAAGGAAGAGUUAUCUGGUAUAUUUGUUAAGAGUAUCAUCGAAGGGAGCAGUGCUGAGCAGAGUGGUAAAAUUAGGAUAAAUGAUAGAAUUAUUGAAGUUGACGGUGUGUCCUUAGCUGACAAGAGUAAUCCUCAAGCUGUGGAGAUACUGAGGAACACUGGUAUAUCGGUGCAUUUAGUUUUAGAAAGAUACUUGAGAGGUCCAAAGUUUGAACAUCUUCAGUUAGCCAUAUUCAACGAGGAUAGGCCCACUUCUCCCUCCCCCUCCACCACAACCCUCACAUGGUUUCCAGUGCCUUCACAAGCUGAUAAUAGUACAAUUGAAAUUGAACCAGAACCUGAGUCUAACACUACAAUUGAUUCAAGUGUUUUAGAAGUUGGAGAAAAUGAUAUUGAUGAGCCGACUCAAGAAGAAUUAGACAAGAGAUUUGAUGCAAUACUGGCAAUAGAUAAAGAGGAAAUCAAAAAGAAGUGGGAAGAUGAAAUUGGAUCAGAAAAAGAAAUAAUUGUGGCAGAAGUGCACAAGCUGUCCGGUUUAGGUAUAAGUCUAGAAGGAACUGUGGAUGUGGAAGGAGGUCAGGAAGUAAGGCCCCACCACUACAUCAGAUCAGUUCUACCCGAUGGACCAGUUGGACAACAAGGUAUGCUUGCUGCUGGUGACGAGCUACUGGAAGCAAAUGAGUACAGAUUGCAUGGUUUGACUCACACAGAAGUUGUAAAUAUACUCAAACAGUUGCCAAAUCGUGUGCGCUUAGUUUGCGCACGUAGCAGCACAGAGGGAGGUCCCAGACCAGUUGUUAACUUAGCACAGGACCGAGAAGGUUUUGAAGCAAGAAAAAUUAUAUCAGGAAGCUUAAAUAACUUGACGACUCUUGUUAAAGCACAAUCAGAUACCUCUAUAAACACAUCCAGUACAGCGACACUGACCAAUCACUCCAGUCAGUCAAAAAAAUCCAAAUCCUUGGAGUGUGUGUCCGGAUUAGCCAUGUGGCAAAGUAAAGAAGAUAUUGUGGAACUCGUAAAAGGUGACCAAGGUCUCGGUUUCUCGAUCCUCGAUUAUCAAGAUCCAGUGGAUCCUAAUGGUACUGUUAUAGUCGUAAGAAGCCUCGUACCUGGUGGUGUUGCUGAAAAAAAUGGUGAAAUAUCUCCUGGUGAUCGAGUUAUGUCAGUAAACGGAAUUAGUAUAAAAAAUGCAACACUCGACCAAGCAGUACAGGCUUUGAAAGGAACUCCGAGAGGUGUAGUCCGAGUUGGCAUAGCAAGGCCACUCCCAUCUCAUGACAAUUCAAUAAAAUCAAAAAGCACAGCAACACUCAAUACUAAAACGAGCUAA